UUUUAUUUUAAUUAUUUAUUAUUAUUAUUAUUUUAUUAUUAUUAUUAUUAUUUUUCUGUUGGAGCUUGGAAAAUUUGUGAAGGGUCAAUUGGAAUUUAUAUUUUGAUAAAAGAGAACCUGCUUGAAUGUUUUGUGAAUUUCUAAUCCUUCCCUAACAAGCAGUCUCUGUUUUUUCCAAUCAAAUUCCAUUGACUUCCCAAUUACUUUUCUUUCCUUCACAAUUCAAACCAAGUUCCUCUUCAACUUUGUUUCUGGGUUUUUUUUUCUUUCUUUUAUUUUUCUUUUAUUUUUUUUUAAUGGUGUUGAGCAAAAGGUUUAAUUUUGGUUGAGAAUAAGGUUCAACUACAAUGAUGGGUGUUAGGGGAUUUCAAAUUCUUAUGUUGCUAAGGUGCUAUUUUAGGGAACUUUAGUAAGUCUACCACCAAAAUUCAGCUGUUUCAUUCAAUGGGAAAUUGUUGGAGUACGGUUUUCCGUUAUAAAAGCAGCAGAGAUGAAGAUGGAGAUGGAAAUAAAGACGUACAGCUAACCAGUGGAAAUGUGCAUCUUAUUACCACCAAGGCAAGCUGGGAGGAAAAGCUUUCUGAAGCGAACACAGAAGGGAAAAUUGUUGUGGCAAAUUUCAGUGCACCAUGGUGUAGUCCUUGUAAAGCAAUAGCUCCAACCUACUGCGAGAUUGCUAAUAAAUAUCCUUCCAUUAUAUUCCUAACUGUAGACGUCGACGAGCUUGCUGAAUUGAGUUCUUCAUGGAAUGUCAAAGCAACUCCAACAUUCUUUUUCCUUAAAGAUGGAAGACAACUGGACAAAGUUGUGGGAGCCAACAAGAAAGACCUACAGAGGAAAACAGCUAAAAUGGCUGAUUUGUCAUUGAAGUCGUAACUGACUCUGUCAUGUUCAAUCUUUUAUUUGGGGAAAAAAAAGAGCAAAAGUAAAAGGAUUUUAGCAUAUUCUCAGCAAAAUAAAAUCUGAGCUUAGCAUGUAAAAUAGUUUAUAUAAUUAAACUAUGAAAUUCUGAGAUCUUAUGUGCCAGAGACAGGAAACUUGGUUUUCUGAAAUGAAAACAUUCAAGAACCCAUAUAGGCCGAAAACCCAUAUUCCUUUAGUGGAAGUCCUCUGCUUUUCAAAGUCUGAAACCAAGUUAGGAUAUGAAGCAUUUGCAAAAGUUAUUAGUUUCUGUUGGAGACCAAGGGUCAGUAAGCACUCAUUCUUUAUGUUGCAUCGAAUGCAUAUGAUGUAUGACUGGCACAGUUUCAGCUCAUCUUAACAUAGCAAGUUUAUAGUUAAAGUAUAAAGAAGAAAACGCAUCUCACGCACAUUCAGGGAGCACGAAUAUUCAAAUAAGAGUUUACCCCGUGUAAGUUGAAAGUAAGUAGCUAAAGUUAAAGCAAAGAAGGUAAUAAGGUUUCUUAUCAUCCUACCGGCAGCAUUGAUUGAGAUUAUAUUACUUUUAAUAAAACCUACAAAUUAUAUUUCCAUGAGUUUUAAAUUUUUUGCCCUGUAAGAUAUAGCAGGACAAGGCAGAGGUAUAUCCAUGGGUUUUGGAAUUAUUGGGAUCCUGAAGUCUCAUUAAUGAUAAUAGCAAAAGACUUCUACAUUGUAGUGGCUAAAAAUCAGGCAAUGCAUAGUGGGAUUGGUUAUAAUUUCGUUUACUUAUUGCUAUUUUCUGCCAUGUUCCACAAGAAAUAGAAAAUAUAAUAAAAUCUGUAAUGACAAGGAUGAUGGAAUUAUAUCCAUAAGACUAUCCAAUAUUUUCCCUUAAAAGCUGAAAGGAACAGACUUUUACAAAGAGAACAAAAUGUUAGAGAAAUUAAGAUGAAUAAAACUUUCUACAAGAUAAGGAACGCUUCUCCAUUACUGAAAUGGAUCUGAAUUCAAGAUUUUUUUUAUUUUUUCAUCUGCAAAGGCCAUUUUGAAACUCCUAUCAGCUAGAAUUAACCACAAAAUAAACAUGUUCUUCCUUGGAAUUUGAGACUACUGCCAAACCUAAAGCCAAGGAUAAGAUAGUGCCAAACCAAACAAGGCAUCAGCCAAAAGGGAAAUUUCUUGUGCAGCAAAGAAAUUUCUGUUAAAAGUUCUAAACAAGGUAGAUGACAAUAACCUACAUUGGCGUAUUCAAAAUGUUCCUUCUAUAAAUUUUUACUUUCUUUCCUUUGAAGAACCCCCACCAUCAAACACAGCAUACAGUUAAGAACAUUUGCAGCAAUAGCAGACAAGCAUACCAUUUCAAGGAAAUUGUGAAUUUGUGA